AUGGUUCUAGCGUCCGAUCAGACCGAAAAGUUGGCUAACAUUUUGGACUCCUCGUGGUCACAAUCGAGGAGCUUUUCGACCACCGUGGCAGUGGCUAUAGGGAAGGAUAAGGGCUGGAAAAGCGGGGAGCUGCGGCUGGAGAAUGCUGUUCAGGCAAUAAAAACAAAUAGGCUUUUCUUUGAGCCGGGAUGUGCCACAAAUUCGAUACUAGGCGGAGGAGGAGGCGGAGCCUCUCAGUUCCCAUUCCAGGACUGUGUUGUGCAGGCAAUCGAGGCGGCUAAUCCCUACAUUGAAUUUAGAGUUUCAAUGGAAGAAAUGGUAGAAUCUUAUGGAGUGAUCAAGACUGGGAGUAGGAACAGCAAACAUGGAGAAAAGGAUUAUGAUUGGGAGUAUCUUGAAGGGCUUCUUUCUUGGUACUUGAGAAUGAAUGAGAAAAAAAACUAUGGAGCUAUAGUUGAGGCUUUUAUAGAUGUGUAUGCAGGGCUUGCUUGUUGCCCUAGUUCAUGUUCUUUCUCUUAUAAUGCCUCUGCUUCGUCUUCCAAAUCCAAAGAUUGGUGGGAGAUCAAUAUUAAUGAAAGCAGCUUUAAGCCAGCAGAGAAGGAAUUAUGUUCAAAUUAA